AUUACAUAUACACUCUCUAUAUGUAUAAACAAAUACGAUCACAAAUAUAUAUUAAGACAUAUAAACAAAGCCCACCAAACACUCCUCGAUACUUCUCUCCAUAAAUACAUCUCUCUUGUGUUCUUGAAACAGAGCCAAAUUAUUAUUUUUAAAACGGACGAUCAUGACAAGUGUUCAUGAGGAGACACGUCUAGUACUCUUCGUCAAGGGCAAACGCACCAAACGUCAGCGAUCUGCGUCUCCUCAUAUGAACACAGAAGCAGUGUCCGGCGUAUGCAGCGAGGAACCAUCACUGGAGGCAAGAGAAGGAGCUGGUGAAGUCGAGUUCCAGGGAGCUACGGACGAAGACCAAGACAUGGCGAACUGUCUAAUGUUAUUGUCGCAAGGAGAUAAAGCAAAGGAUAGUGGCGAACAGUUCUCGACACAUAAAAUUGAUUUCUUGAGAAACAAGAAACCAUUGGCUUCUAUAGGUGUAGGGCUUGAAGGUGUUUACCUAUGCAAAACGUGCGAUAAAAGCUUCCACUCGUUUCAAGCGUUAGGAGGGCACAGAGCUAGCCAUAAGAAGCCCAGACUAGGAGAAAUUGCUCUCAAAUGCGACGAGAAGAGAUCUUCAUCUACGGUUGAAACGGUGGAAGCUGCAGGAGUUGUAGGAAGCUUCCUUUCUCUGCAAGUAACUCGCAAUGAUGGUAACAAGAAACAAGAGAAAACACAUGAAUGUUCGAUUUGCAAGGCCGAGUUUUCUUCAGGACAAGCCUUAGGAGGUCAUAUGAGGAGACAUAGAGGUUUAAUAGUAAACGCCAACGCUACCUCAAGUCAUCAUCAAGAAUCUAUACGGCCAAAGACUUUUCUGGAGUUGGAUCUGAAUCUUCCAGCGCCAGAAGAUGAAUCCAAGUUUGUGUUUGCGUCCAAAGAUCAGAUUCUUCUCUUCACUGCCACGUCCAAUUCUUUAAUUGAUUGUCAUCAUUGAUUAAGUAGUUCUUGUAAUAGCUCUUUAACCUUGAUAUGUUAUCUAAAUAUUGAUUCAUGUAAUUUGACACUGAUUGAAUUUAACUUCAAAG